UCAGCAUAUGAGAUGAGAUAAAAACAAAGAGAUCAAGUGUGUUUGGAUGCAGUCACAUUGGCAGCACGUGACCUUAAUUUCACUGUCUAUGCACGUGAAAAGGGGGCAGCCAUGCAGAGUGAUCAGUUAGCACUGAACUGAGCCUGUGUAAUUUUGCACUGUGUUUGUGUGUAUACUUGUAGAUGGCGAGUGGACAGCUGUCGAGGGCGGAGGCGUUGGCGUGCUCAGGCUGCAGGCAUGCAUGUCAUGUGAUGCUCUACUGUGACACGAAAAGUCAGCUGUUUGGGAGACUUCCUAUCCGACAUAUCAUACUGGUAGCUCUGUCUCUGUGUAUGGAUGCAUCAGUGGGAGCGUAUAACAUCCUCUGUCACUUCCUACAGAUGCAAAUGCGCUUUGACGGUCUGCUGGGUUUCCCUGGAGGGUUCGUCAAACCAUUGGAGGAGACCCUGGAGGCGGGGCUUAGCAGGGAGUUGUUGGAGGAGCUGGGUGUAGCUCUUCCUAUAUCGGUGGAAGAUCAUGCGGACUCUUGCUAUGCCCCUGCUUCCUCACACUCCUCCUCCUCCCCGUCCUCUCGUCUUAUCACUCACUUCUACGUGAAGAAGAUGGAGGAGGAGCAGAUUAGGGAGGUGGAGAGAGCGGCUGCAUCCACUGCAACAGAUCAUGGACAGGAGGUUCUAGGAAUGGUCAGAGUCCCUCUGUACACUACGAAAGGUGGGGGAGGCCUCGCGGCUUUCCUGUCGCACUCGUUCAUCGGUAAUGCUCGCUUGCAGCUGGCCGACUCUCUGCUGCGUCUCAACCUGGUUGCCCCUGAGGAGUUGCAUAAAGCCCUCACACACUCUCUGAAGAUACACACACACACCGCAGAGGACCUGCAAGUGGCCUUUGCGCUAACGGAGGAAAAGAGGAAACGGUUUUGAAACACAUCUGCACCAGCACAUCCUCUCCAGCACAUACACAGAUACAGUUUGCCUAUCGGCAACGUUCAACACAAUCCUUCACUCACACACUUAAUCCUAAACACACACACACACACACACACACACAGAUUCUGAGCUGGUGACUCAUAAUUGCCUCAUGCAUCAAACUGUUUAGGAGAAAAUAUUAUCAACUGCUUCAUUAUUAAUACGAAUAAAAUCAUUUAACUGUCUA